UUAAAUUUUGUUAAAAUCAGUAACGCAUACAUAGGUACUUUUUCUUACUUAUUUUAUUGCGCAAAAACACCAAAAAUCAUUAAGUUUUGAAAAUCGCUAUUUUUCAGACUGUAAUUAAAUAGCUACUACGUGUGACCUAUUGUUUUUUAUUAAGAGGAUGCUGCGCCAGCCGCUGACCAGGGCGCUUGCGCUGAGCUCUCCAUCCCGCGCCGCACCGCUGGCCGCACGGCGCUAUGCCGAGGUAGUGCCACAGCCUGAUAAAGUAGAGGUGUUCAUUGAUGACAAGCCCGUGUAUGUACCGCCUGGCACUACAGUAUUGCAGGCUGCAGCCGAAGUUGGUGUUGAAAUACCAAGGUUCUGUUACCAUGAGAGGCUAGCUGUUGCUGGUAACUGCAGGAUGUGCCUUGUGGAGGUUGAGAAAUCACCAAAGCCAGUGGCAGCAUGCGCUAUGCCAGUUAUGAAGGGAAUGAGGGUGAAGACUAACUCAGAUCUGACAAGAAAAGCAAGAGAAGGUGUGAUGGAAUUUUUGUUGGUUAAUCAUCCUUUAGAUUGUCCGAUCUGUGAUCAAGGUGGAGAAUGUGACUUACAAGAUCAAUCUAUGGCGUUUGGAUCUGAUAAGAGCCGGUUUACUGAUAUACAUUUCUCUGGAAAGCGGGCUGUAGAAGACAAAGAUGUUGGUCCUCUGAUCAAGACCAUAAUGACACGUUGCAUCCACUGCACGCGGUGCAUUCGUUUCGCCUCUGAAGUGGCGGGUGUUGAUGAUCUGGGCACUACUGGUAGAGGUACAGAUAUGCAGGUUGGAACAUAUGUGGAGAAAAUGUUUCUAUCUGAGUUAUCAGGUAAUAUAAUUGACUUAUGCCCCGUCGGUGCUCUUACAUCGAAGCCAUACAGCUUCGUCGCUCGACCCUGGGAAACAAGGAGGAUUGAUUCGGUCGAUGUUUUAGACCCACUGGGAAGUAACAUCGUAGUCACAACGAGGACAAACGAAGUUUUACGUAUUCUCCCUAGAACUAAUGAGGAAAUCAAUGAAGAGUGGUUGUCAGACAAGUCUCGUUUCGCGUGUGACGGACUGAAGCGUCAGAGACUGGUCACACCGCUGAUGACUGACAGUCGCGGCAACCUCACACCAGUCGAAUGGGAGGACGCCAUUGUUGCUGCCGCAAGAGCUCUGCGUGACUGCCCGCCUGAUAAGCUUUUAGCGGUGGCCGGUGACAUGGCGGAUGCGGAGUCGCUGGUGGCACUCAAGGACCUGGUCAACCGACUGGGGUCAGAGCUGGUCUGCACCGAGCAAUUCUUCCCGUUGGAGGGCUCCGGCAUCGAUCUACGUUCUACCUAUCUCUUGAACACCGGCAUUGCUAACGUGGAGGAAGCCGACUUUGUGCUUCUGAUCGGUACCAACGUGCGCUUCGAGGCCCCCCUCCUCAACACUCGCAUCCGCAAGGCCUUCAUGCACAAGGAGACUGACGUCGCACUCAUUGGACCUCAAGUUGAUCUUACCUACGACUACAUGUACGUGGGUGACUCAGCAUCUAUUGUAAAAGACUUAGCAUCUGGCACUAGUUCUCACGAGGUGGUCCGCAAGUUGGAGCAGGCCAAACGUCCCGUGGUGAUCCUCGGAGCUGACCAGCUGAAGACAGCAGAGGGCGCCGCGUUGCUCGCGUACACGCAGGAACUGGCCCUACGUCUGCAGGAUAAACUGCAGGAUAAGGAAUGGAAGGUGCUGAAUGUGCUGCAGCGUACAGCCUCGCAAGUGGCUGCGCUCGACAUCGGCUACAAGCCUGGUGUAGGUGCUCAUCUCUCUAACGCCAAGGUCGUGUACUUACUGGGGGCUGACAGCGGUGUUGUCACCCGCGAUGCCUUGCCUAAAGAUGCUGUUGUUAUCUAUCAAGGUCACCAUGGCGACGUGGGCGCAAGUAUCGCGGACGUGGUGCUGCCGGGCGCGGCGUACACAGAGAAGCGCGCUACAUACGUGAACGCGGAGGGACGCGCGCAGCAGACUCUGCCCGCUGUCACCGCACCUGGUAAAGCACGCGAGGAUUGGAAGAUCAUCAGGGCACUUUCGGAAGUAGUCGGUGAGCGUCUGCCGUAUGACAACUUGGACGAGGUGCGUGACCGUCUGAGCCAGGUCAGCCCGGCGCUGGUGGCAUACGGUGACCUGCAGAAUAACAACUACUUCGCACAGGCGAGGGCACUCGCACAGAGCGUGCAAAAGCCGGUGUCUGGGAAGCUGGACGUCCAACUGAAGUCUUUGGAGGACUACUUCAUGACGGACGCCAUCAGCCGCGCCUCGCCCACCAUGGCCAAGUGCGUGCAGGCCGUACUCAAACAGAAACAAGCCACUUAUUAAUAUUCAGACAAAUUACACACACUAUACACUAUACAAUUAGAUCACAAUAUAACCUAAAAAAAUAGUAUUAACAAAAAAAUGACAUUUAACAAACAUGUAGAGGUUUACACAAAGAAGGUAGAAUGAAAUUAAAUUUUUAUGUUAAAUGUUUAUUUAAAUAUCUUUGUUAUCGUGAAAUAUUUAAAUGUAAUUAAAGUAGAAAAUCGUCAAGAGAAUUCCGUACGUAUACGUAACUGCGUACGCGCACGUAAUAAUACGACGCCAUAUUGCUGCGAAACAUUUUUCAAUUUUCCUUAAAUAUCUUUAUAUUUUGAAAUUACCGUUAUCAUUGUGUAUUAGUGUGUUAGAAAUAAAAAAAAAUUGGCUAAUUUUAUCUGAGCGUUAAAUAUAGAUUGAUAUUUUAACGUUUAGAUAAAAGAAGUCAUUUUUCUAGUAUAGUUUAAAAAAAUGCCUUUCUGCAAUCAUUUUUACGGUGAAAAUACUUCAGAAAUGCACCCCGUGCAGUUGACGGACCAUUCCUUGGCUAAUAAUUUAGCGAAUUUAUAAAUCUGUCGACUGCAUAUGUAUUAUGGUUUGAAUUUAUUUAUUUUGUACUUUUUUAGAUUAAGUAAAUCAGUGUUACCUGCAAUAAAAUCAUUUUUGCAAUUGAAAUUAAUAGCAACAUUUAUUGUUUUGUAGAACGAACGAAAUGAUUAAGAAAAAAUGAUGGUUAAACUUUUCUGUGGACAGAUGUUUUGUAAAUAAAUGAUUAGAAUAAAAUAAAAUGUAUAAUGAUUGUAGAA